UCCAUUAUCCUCCCGCUUGCAGCCUUCUUCCACUUAGGAAGUUGCCACCUGCUUUUUUUAUUUUUUUGAAAAAGAUCCAAUCUUUCCCAUUAACAGAAAUUAAAAGAAGUCUCAGCUCAGAUGGGUUCAAUUAAAAACAAAAAUAAAAACGACAGUAAAAAGAAAGUGAACAGUCUAGAGAAUCUUCCCAAGAAAGAAGAAGAAUUGGAAAUCGAUUCUGACGAAUUUGACUCUGACUACGAGGGCUCUAUUGACACAGACAUAAGUGAAAGUAUUGAAGGUUUAGAAUCUGGUGAGAGUGAAGGCUCAGGAAAUGAUAACAGUGAAGGCUCGGAAGGGUCGGCUUCUGAUAGAAGCGAAGGUUCUGAAUCUGAUGAAAGUGAAGGUGAGGAAGCGGCUGAAGAGAGCGAUUCUUCUGAGGAUGAGGUGGCGCCUCGAAAUACAAUAGGUGAUGUUCCUCUGAAGUGGUAUGAGGAUGAGAAACAUAUAGGAUAUGACAUUUCUGGAAAGAAGAUAACCAAAAAAGAAAGGCAAGAUAAACUGGAGUCGUUUCUUGAAAGUGCUGAUGACUCGGCAAAUUGGCGCAAGAUUUAUGAUGAAUACAACGAUGAGAUGGUAGAGUUAACACGAGGAGAAAUCAAAAUGAUCCGUAAAUUGGUCAAAGGAAAGGCUCCGCAUGUUGACUUUGAUCCAUAUCCGACUUAUAGCGAUUGGUUUGAAUGGGACUCUAAGCAUCCAAUUUCAAAUGCUCCAGAACCCAAGAGGCGGUUUACUCCCUCAAAAUGGGAAGCUAAAAUGGUUGUCAAGUAUGUGAGGGCAAUUCGCAAAGGUUUAAUAAAGUUUGACAAGCCAAAAGAAGAACCACGUUUCCGCCUGUUGUGGGGGGAUGAUUCUGGCACAGCAGAAAAGACUAGCCAUUUGUCUUACAUUCCUGCACCAAAGCCAAAAUUGCCAGGCCAUGAGGAGUCAUAUAAUCCUUCUCUAGAAUACAUACCGACACAAGAAGAGAUUAACUCUUAUCAACUGAUGGAUGAGGAAGAUCGACCUAAAUUUAUACCUGAACGGUUUACAUCGUUAAGAAGCAUCCCGACAUAUGAGAAUGCUGUGAAUGAAUGUUUUGAGCGUUGUUUGGAUCUAUACUUGUGCCCUAGAGUGCGUAAGAAUCGGAUCAAUAUUGAUCCCGAGUCUUUGAAACCUAAGCUACCGAGUAGAAAAGACCUUAAGCCUUAUCCAUUUGCUUGCUACAUUGAAUAUAAAGGUCAUAUGGGUGCAGUUAUGUCAGUUUCUAUUGAAGCUUCAGGACAAUGGAUGGCAUCAGGUUCAACUGAUGGAACUGUGCGUGUUUGGGAGGUUGAGACUGGUAGAUGUCUUAAAAUCUGGGAGCUUGGUGAGACAGUCCAGUGUGUAACAUGGAAUCCUAUGCAUGAACUUCCUGUUUUGGGAGUCGCUGUGGGACAAGAUGUAGUUCUUUUAAAUACUGGAUUGGGGAAUGAUGAAGUGCAGAAAAAAGUGAAGGAACUUCUUCAUGUUGGCACACCUAUAGCUCCUGAUGAUUCUGGUAAGGCACUCUCUGAUUUGAGUUGGCUUCAAGAUGCAAAGCAUGGAGGAAUAAGGAUACGGCAUAUUAAGACUGUAUCUUCAGUAGAAUGGCAUCGCAAGGGAGACUAUUUCUGUACUUUGAUGCCAGCUGGCGAAUCAAAAGCAGUUCUUAUACACCAACUCUCUAAGAAGCUCACACAAAAGCUUCCAUUUAAGUUGCAUGGACUUCCAGUGGCGUCAGUUUUUCAUCCUACACGUUCAGUUAUCUUUGUUGCAACAAAGAAGAAUAUUCGUGUUUUUGAUUUAUUGAAGCAGAAGUUUAUUAAGAAGCUUGAGACUGGACUUCGUGAAGUUUCCUCCAUUGCAGUUCACCCUGCUGGUGAUAACAUAAUUGUGGGAAGCAGGGAUGGGAAAUUAUGUUGGUUUGAUAUGGACCUUUCAUCUAAGCCAUAUAAAGUUCUCAAGUGUCAUCCGAAGGAUAUAACAAAUGUUGCAUUCCAUCGCACAUACCCGCUAUUUGCAUCAAGCUCUGAUGAUUGCACUGCAUAUGUUUUUCAUGGCAUGGUUUACUCUGAUCUUAAUCAGAACCCUCUUAUUGUUCCAUUGGAAAUUCUUCACGGACAUUCAAGUUCAAAUGGCAGAGGAAUAUUGGAUUGUAAAUUUCAUCCCCGACAACCCUGGUUAUUCACUGCUGGUGCUGAUUCAUUGAUCAAACUUUAUUGCCAUUAGGUUGAACAUUAAAAGAACAAAAAAGAAAUUUAUUCCGUAUCAUUGAACUGUGUUGCGCCACUUGUUGCACGAGGUUGAAGGAUUCCAGCAACAAUGGAAGAUUGUAAGUUGUAACAUAGAAACAAAGCUCAAACAAUUUUGGAUACUCGAGUCCUUUAUACUGAUUGUGUUGCUAAGAGUUAAAUUUUGACAGGCCUCGAGAUGAUUCUUUUACAAUGUUUAUCUAUUUAUUUACAAUUAUUUUAUUGUCUUUUAUUUUA